GAGUAUUCAACCUAACACCAAGAUGUCUUCAUUUCUUGGAAGAAGCACGAAUACCAAUCCUACUGCCACCACUAGCUCGGCCACAGGACAGGAACUCGUUAACGAUAUAUCUAUCAAUAAUCCCCCCGAGGAUAGUGUUAGUGACUUGAGCUUUUCAUCUCAACAGGAUCUCCUCGCAGCUGCCAGUUGGGACAAAAAGGUCAGAAUAUAUGAGAUAGACUCCAAUUCUGGAAACAACCAGGGCCGAGCUCUCUAUGAGCAUGAUGCCCCUGUUCUCAGCUGUGUGUUUUCUCCGGACGGUGCUCGAGUCGCCAGUGGUGGUGCUGAUAAACAAGUCAAGUUGUUUGAUAUUGCCAGUCAACAAGCACAACAAAUUGGCGUCCAUGAUGCUCCCGUGAGAGCAGUGCGGUUCGUCGAAUGUGGUCCCACAAAUACCCCUGUGGUGGUCAGUGGAUCAUGGGAUAAGACGUUGAAGUACUGGGAUAUGAGGUCCCCUCAACCAGUUUCUACUGUUAACCUUCCUGAACGAUGCUAUUCUAUGGAUGCAUCACAAAAGUUGUUGGUGGUGGGGUGUGCCGACCGCCAUGUGUGUGUGAUUGAUCUCAACAACCCCCAACAAAUCUUUAAGACGCUGAUGUCUCCACUAAAAUGGCAAACCAGAGUGGUAAGUUGCUAUCCCCAAGGAAAUGGAUAUGCGAUCGGGUCAAUUGAAGGCCGGUGUGCAUUCCUGUACGUGGAUGAAGCCGAACAAAGCAAGCAUGGCUUUUCUUUCCGUUGUCACCGUAAAACCCCCAACUCAACCGGUACUUCUGCUUUAAGGACCAAUACUGAAUCUCAUAUCUAUUCGGUGAACUCCAUUAAGUUCCACCCGGUCUAUGGAACGUUCUCCACGGCUGGAAGUGAUGGAACCUUUUGCUUUUGGGACAAAGAUGCCCGGCAACGGUUGAAGUCGUUUCCUGAACUUAAUCACUCGAUUACUAGUUCUGCAUUCAAUAAGAAUGGGUCAAUAUUUGCCUAUGCCAUUUCAUAUGACUGGUCCCAGGGUCACCAGGGUAACCGCCCAGACUAUCCAACCCAGAUCAAGUUACAUCCUACCAACGACUCCGAAGUUAAACAGAAGAAGAAGAAGAUCUGAUGUGUAUUUUAUAGAUUCUUAUUGUACUUUUAUUUUGCAACCUUGUUUGCGCGGCCUGAUAAAAUUAUUAUAUUUAGUCACUAUGAACAAGCCUCC